CGGUGAAGAAGACAAGCGGAAGCCACACCAGAUGAAGAAGUCCGCCACGCUCGGUCGCGUCACGCUCGGGGAGCGGUCCGAGGAGCGCAACACCUACGGCAUGUUCGAGGAGCAGCACAUCGACGGCAUGAUCGGCAUUUUCAUCACCAUAGGCCUCACGAAGAAAGUCCGGAUGCAAAAGAACUGGAGCCGGUCCGCCCACGACAACUACCCGCUGGUCCAGAAGUGCAUGUCGGUUUUGUUGCAGUUGGGAUGGUGGGGGCGGGACAGACGUGGGUCGAAAGGUACCGGAGCCCCCCGGAAAGUCGAAGAUUCUCCCCCGUCUACGGCGCCGCUAUUUCAUGUGCGGGCCGUAUGGGAGCUAGAAGAGAUCCUCAACACUGCAUGGGCGGCGAACGUCGAGUGUGACAAUUGGUUGUCGUACGACGAGCAAAUGAUCAAGACUGUUUCGAAGUACUCGAGCAAGGUUUCUUUCUACUGCCCGGCGAAGCCCAUCAAGCACGGCAUGAAGCUACUAGCGGCGUGCGAUAUCACGGGCUACUGCUUAACCAGCAGCGUGGAUGGCGGCAUGAAAGGUGACCCCAAGCUUCGCCCUUAUAUGGACUGCCCGCUCGGCCGAGCUACUCGCCACGUGCUUCACGUUCUGUUGGGGGAGUGCGGCGUGUUGAGGCAGAAGAUCGAUGGCUCGGGGGUAUUCAUCGCCAUGGACAACUACUUCACCUCCCCCACUGUGUUCGAGUGCCUCGCCUCCUACGACAUCUUCGCUGUAGGUACCUGCCGCGCCGAUCGGACUGCCGGCGCUGAUGCGUACCUCGAGAGCCUCGGGCGUACCAUUCCUAACCGCGGCGACAUGAACCUCUGCCGUUCAGGGCAAGUGGCGUGCGUGCAGUGGGCUGACUCCAAGGGUAUCUUCCUCAUCAGCACCAUCCACUUCGCGCAACCGGCCAAGGGAAAGGAGGAGGCAGGUGGAAUCGACCACAUCAAGCCUUUGCCUCUAUCAGAGGUAGAGGCCAAGAAGCCCAUUGCACCAGGGGGUGAGUUGGAAGAGUUGGAGCUUGCGUCGACGGAGUUGGCGACACUGUCGAAGGUAGAGCGGGCUGUGUGGGAUGAACAGAAGGCAACGCUCCUUAUGGAGAAGUGUAACGUCGCGAGGCCCAACACNGUAGAACUUUUGAUCAGAGAGGUAGAGGCCAAGAAGCCCAUUGCACCAGGGGGUGAGUUGGAAGAGUUGGAGCUUGCGUCGACGGAGUUGGCGACACUGUCGAAGGUAGAGCGGGCUGUGUGGGAUGAACAGAUGGCAACGCUCCUUAUGGCGAAGUGUAACGUCGCGAGGCCCAACAAGGGUGGGAGGCGUCCGGCCUCGGACAACAAGCCGGCCGACCCCGUGUGGGGUAGCGUCACCCUCAAGAGUGGACGCCUGUGCUUGAACCCUACUUGCAAGACGAGGUCGACGAAAGGGUGCUCGUGCGAGCAAUUUUGCACACGGGGGGAUGAGUCUGGGGUUUUUAUGUGCGAAACAUGCUGGAAGAGCCCGGAGUCUCACGAGCAGGCGGCGAAGGCUUACUGGGAUGGUCUGUCAAAGGGCCGCAACAGAAAAGGGUUCGAAUGGCAGAGGGGUUCAGUUGAGACUGCUGGUUGAGGCACACCUGUGAUUCGCACUUGUGUUGCGUUUU